ACUGCUUCACGUCAGCGCUGUCAUUUUUCGAAAUAUCUACACGUUUGAUAAUUCUAAAAGUCGCGAAUUUCUAAGUGACCGGUAUUUCGUUUAUGGUUAAUUAAACUAUAACCAUGGUCUGUAAAACAUGGAUCGACCGAUUUUCCUCCUAUUUCGUAAUAUUUUGUUCCGUCAUCAUAUUUGCCCAGUCCGAUGUGCCUAGACCCCGCGGUGUAUCUUUGUCUAAAGCAUCUCUCUAUUUACCGACAAAAGAUUUUACUUGUUUUGAUGGAACUGCUACAAUACCUUUCAGCUACGUUAAUGACGACUACUGUGAUUGUUUCGACGGUAGCGAUGAACCCGGUACAUCGGCUUGUAUAAACGGUGUUUUCCAUUGUACAAAUGCCGGACACCGGCCUCAGAAUUUGCCGAGUUCCAGGGUUAAUGACGGAGUCUGUGAUUGCUGUGAUGGAACAGAUGAAUACGCUAAUCCUACGGCCUGUACUAACAUUUGUGAAGAGCUCGGAAAAGAAGCCCGAGCAGAAGCUCAAAGAGUAGCAGAGUUGCAUAAAGCAGGCAGCCAAUUGAGAAUAGACCUCAUAGAAAAAGGAAAUAAGAAGCGAAAUGAAAUGGCAGAACAACUAACACAACUUGAAAAAGACAAAUCUGAAGCAGAAAAAAUAAAGGCUGAAAAAGAGCUUCUAAAGAAUGAUCUAGAAAUGAAAGAAAAUGAGGUUUUGAAAGUAUAUAGAGAAGCAGAAGAAUUGGAAAAACAAAAGAAAUUAGACCAAGAGAAAGAAACUAAUUUAAAAGAAUCAACGGAACACUUUAAUAGAUUUGAUUCAAAUAAUGAUGGAGAGUUAAGUGUAGAUGAAAUCAAAGUUGUUAAUGUAUUUGAUAGGAACAAGGAUGGCCAAGUUGAUGAUGAUGAAGUAAAGAUGUUCUUGGGUGGUGAUGAAAAAGUAGAUAAAGAUGCAUUCUUGUCCACAACUUGGCCUAUCUUAAAACCACUUUUGAUGAUGGAGCAAGGUAUGUUUAAACCAGAGGAUGCUAAAACAGAUACCACGGAGACAGAAGCUGAAGAAAACCAUGAAGAAUUGGAUGCUGAUUUUGAAGGAAAUGAAGAAGAUAAUAGCGAUUUAGAUUUACAAGAAGAACAUGAAGAAGAUGAGACUGUGUCAGAGCAGUCAAAAUCAUAUAAUGAUGAGACUCAAAAAAUUGUUGAUCAGGCUUCAGAAGCUCGCACGCAAUACACAGAUGCUGAGCGAACUGUUAGAGAAAUAGAGUCUAACAUUAGAAACAUAAAACAGAACUUAGAAAAGGAUUAUGGUCUAGAACAGGAAUUUGCUUCCUUGGAUGGUGAUUGCUUUGAAUAUGAAGACAAAGAAUAUGUAUACAAACUGUGUAUGUUCCAGAAGGUAACACAAAAAUCCAAGAAUGGUGGUAUGGAGGUAGGUCUUGGUAAUUGGGGAGAAUGGGCAGGUCCUGAAAACAAUAAAUACUCUGUGAUGAAAUACACAAAUGGAAUUGCUUGCUGGAAUGGUCCAAGUCGAACAACAACUGUUAAUGUCAACUGUGACUUGGAAACAAAGAUCACAUCAGUAACUGAACCUUUCCGUUGUGAAUACAAAAUGGAAUUAAGCACUCCUGCUGCGUGUGAUGAUUCUAGCACAUCACAAGAGCAUACAUCACAUGAUGAACUUUAAUUUAUUAUUAAAUAGUUUAUAUGUUUUCAGUGCAUUUCUCACUUUUUUUUGUGUUUAACACGGAAUAUUUGUGAAAAGUUGUAAUUUUCAUUAGGUGAAAUGUUAACUGGCAUUACAAUUAAUUAUGAAUGUUUUCUUUUCAUUUUGAUCAAAAGAAACUAGAGUAACUCAAGUAGUUUAAGUAGAAAAAAAUUAUUAAAAAGAAAAUCAUAUUUUAAUGUUCUAAAUGUUGUAAUCAUUUUCACAAUCUACAUAGUUAUACCUAAGUUAAAGAUUUUGGGAGUCAAGACUCCGGUGUAUAAAUCAUUAUUUUUACAUUCCUCAAAUGCAAGGCUGUUUUAGUUUCAAAUAAUAUAAUGGCAUAAUGAACAUAAUGUGAUCACUAUUUCAAUAAAUUUAUUGUUUUGGUGUGUUUAUA